AUGACCAACGACUUUGCCAAACAGCUCAAGGCGCUCCACAAGCCCUCCUCCCCCAUCGUCUUCCCCAACGUCUGGGACGUAGCCUCUUUCAACACGGUCGUCUCGCUAAACGACGAUGCAGCAAAGCCAGUCAAGGCACUCGCCACCGCAUCCUGGGCCAUAGCUGCCUCGCUAGGCAUCAAGGACGAGGAGCUCACCCUGGAACAGAACUUUGACGCCGUCGCCAAGAUCGCUACGCUCUGCAAGGCUGCCGGUAUUCCGCUCUCGGCUGAUCUGCAGGAUGGGUAUGGAGAUCAGAUUGCUGCGACUGUCAAGAGGGCUGUUGAGAUUGGAGUUGUAGGCGCCAAUAUUGAGGAUACUAUCCCUGCUACGGGUGCCUUUUAUCCCAUUGACGAGCAAGUCCAACGUCUCAAGACAGCCCUCCAAUCUGCCGCAGAUGCAGGAUGCCCAGACUUUGUUGUCAAUGCCCGCUGCGACAUGUUCCACUUCGACACUGGCCUCAACGAGGCUGACACGAUGAAAGAGGCCAUCACCCGCGGCAAGGCAUACCUGGACGCGGGGGCUACAACGGUGUUUUACUGGGGUGGUUCAGGGAGAGGACUGCGGACGGCGUGGGUGGAGACGCUGGUGAGGGAGCUCAACGGGCGGGUCGCGGUCAAGCUGGCGCACGGAACGGCAGAUGCGUUGUCUACGGCUGAGUUGGCAAGGAUUGGAGUUGCUAGGAUUAGUGUUGGACCAAGUCUUUUUCUGGUUGCGCAGGCUGCCGUUAAGAAGGCGGCUGCCAGCAUCCUCUCUGGUGGGAACCUGUAG